GCGCUAGUCAGUUUUUGUACGACCGCUCUGUUAGGGCUCGCAGCAUGGUGGACGAGUUGCACUAGAUUCCCACUGGCACGCAAUACUACUUAAAAGACUGUUAAUUGGUUCCAGUCUUUCAUUUAUGACCACAGCACAAGUAGUAAUGGAUACUGACAACAUGGUGUUUUCUGAAAAACAUAGUAAACCUGGUAUAAUAAUGCCACAUCAUAAGUGUCCUGUUUGUCCUCAUUCCUGUGCUUCUCAGUCUGGACUUAUAGUCCAUCUAACUACAAAACAUAAAGAGCGUUUGGCCGCUGUUUGCAAAAUUUGUCAACAGAUCUUCGCAUCGGAUGCUAUAGGUUCUCAUGUACUUACAUGCAAGGGUAGCUAUUCCUGUCCAUACUGUCGUGCUACGUUUUCGUCGCCCUCUUAUUUACAACGUCACAUCUCCAGGCGUCACGAGAUUUUUGACCGCCCCACCUGUAGUGUUUGUGGAAAGGGUUUCUCAUCGACCAAUUCAUUAGCUGUUCAUAAAAGAUUGCACCGAAAUUAUAUGCCAUACUACUGCCAGCUUUGCAGUGCUAAUUUCGCUCAGAAAAUCCACCUUAAAUUGCAUUUAGACUCUCAUCAUGCCUACGUCGAAUUGGAUGAAACACCGAAACCUUUUGUUUGCAAAACCUGCAAUCGUGGAUUUCUGUUUAUUAUCAGUUUGCAACAACACCUAUUACAGCAUUGUAAGCUUAGUCCUAAAAAGUUACUGCCAUGCAAAGUCUGUAAAAAAAACUUUGCUCACCAAAGUGAACUAGAACGCCAUAGCAUCAUUCACACCAAGUGCUCACCAUACCAGUGCUCAUUUUGUUCUCGUACGUUCACGCGUCCUAACUUGUUGAAAAACCAUGUUUUGUUACACACCAAUCCAAGUCUUCUAACCUGCUGUUACUGCUCUCGAGUCUAUGCUUCUCGUUCUUAUUUGCUACAGCACAUAGAGAAGCAUGAAGAAAAACUGCAAAUAUCUCCAAUUUCGAGUUUAAGUACAACUUCCAUUUCAGAGAUAGAAACGAGUAUCCUUGACGAUUGCAGAGUAAAUGUACCAAAGCAGAUGAAUAAGGUAAGUGGAAUAUAUGUCCUGGUAUGUAAAUUUUCAGGUAUGUGAAGGUUCGACAUUCAAGGACUUAUGUAAUGAUCAAAUCGCUUCCCCAGAUGUCGGCUUUUUACAUGCGUUGUUAUAUGGACAAAAUAUGAGUUGAUUUUUCAAAUGAUUGAUACCCAGGCUGUUACAUAUAGUUAGACUUUUAUCAGUGAUUUAGCUUCCUAGUCUUCCCUAGUUUAGUAUUCUCUCAGUCCACAAUCUCCGAACUAUACAAAUCGAUUUCGUGUUCUAGUUAAUUUUCAUUUAUGUACGUUGAUUUUAAAUUGGAUUGCAGCAAACAUUUCGCCAUCAGCUGAUUACAACUUAUUGCAUUUUUAGCUUUACAAGUCUUUCGAGGAUAGCUCACCUUUCCGAUUUGCAGUAAUCUAUCUGAGCAUUUCUUAUUCUUAUCUAACUUUUACGAAAUUUGCUUCAUCUUAUUCUGUAAUUGCUACUUAAAACCAUUUAAGUUGAUUAAAUGACUAUUUAUUCAUUAGAUUUACUUCCUGCUCGCACUACAUUUCAUUUUGUGAUAGUUAUUGUAUUUACCAAGUGUUACCAAAUUCUUCGACGAGCAGUUGCAACCUAGGUCCUAUGCUUUCGUUUUACAAUCAUAAUCCGGUUCUUUUUUGAACCUUGUGUCUUUCUGCGGAGUUGGAAUCGCAGUUAUGCUUUUAUGCGGUCUUCAGCUCCUUUCCAACUUUCUCAGUGAUGAGAAGAUUAUAAGUCAAUUUUUGUCCGUUCUUCAUUCAUGUACGUCAUUUAUAUUUUUGUAAGUUAUCGACCGGACUUACAUAAUGUCAGGGCAUAGCUGCCUGAUCGAUAUCGUUUGGUUUUUAUAUGUAUCUCUUUUUUGAUUUUUUUUACACUGCUCUUAUGCAUUUUACAUGUUUUCUGUAAAAAAUACUGUUUACAAUAAAUAAUUAUCAAACUU